AUGGCAUAUCUUGAAAUCUUCCUUAUACAAAUCAUACUACUCAUCAUGUUUCUUGUGCUUUUAGCUCCCAAAAACAGGCAGCUCCUGCCAUGGAACUGGCCGUUCCUGAGAAUGAUGCCAACGAUGUACCUCAAGAGCCACGAAAUCUACGACAAAAUCACAGAGAUUCUUGUGGAGAACAACUCCACGGUUUUGUUCAAGACAUCCUGGUUCACCAAGACAGACAUCUUGGUCACGAGUGAUCCAGCCAAUGCGCACCACAUCAUGAGCUCAAACUUCUCAAUCUACCAGAGGGGAUCAGAGUUCAGAAACGUGUUCGAUUUUCUCGGCCAGGCGGUCUUCAGCAAGGAUUUGGAGGAGUGGAGAGAAGAAAAGAAGUUCACUCAUGCAUUCUUCAGGGAAAAUCAGUACCACGAGUCGGUCCCCAAGAUAGUCCAUCAGACCCUGGAGAAAGCCCUGAUCCCGGUCCUUGAUCACACAUCUCAGCAAAAUCAAGAACUGGAUUUGCAGAGCUUGUUCAAUAGGUUUAUGCUUGAUGCAACUUGCCUCCUGGCUGCCGGAUUCGACUCGGGCUCUCUCCGUGUAGGGUUUCCAGAAUGCCCUCUCUUAGAUGCCAUGGACGACAUAGCCGAGGCAGUGUUCUAUCGCCACAUCCUGCCGGAGAGAGUGUGGAAGUUGCAGCGUUGGCUACGGGUUGGAAAGGAGAAGAAAAUGGCUGAAGCUUCAAGCACUUUUAACCGUAUAUUAUUAGACAACGUAUCCAAGAAGAAGCACGAAUUAGCUACGGAUGAUCAAGAAACUGGAGACGAUACCUUCGAUGUGCUCAAAUUUUAUUUGAAAGAGGCUGCAAGUAAUAGUGGUAACAAAGGAGCUAAGAAGCAUGACGAUAAGGGAUUCUUGGCUGCCAAUCUGAUGACCCUUUUGUUCGCUGGAAGAGACACAUCUGCUGCACUCUUGACCUGUUUUUUCUACCUCAUUUCAAGAAACCCUUCAGUCGAAAACAAGAUUUUAGAAGAAAUCAGGCUGAACCUCCCUGGAAACGCAUCCAGAAAGCACAUCUUCUCCAACGUAGAAGAGCUGAGCAAGCUAGUUUACCUCCACAGCGCUUUGUGCGAGAGCCUGAGGCUUUUCCCGCCAGGCCCGUUUCUUCUAAGGGUCCCAAACCAGCAAGAUGUGCUUCCAAGCGGGCACAAAGUGGAUCACACCACAAAAGUCAUGCUUUGCUCGUAUGCGAUGGGUCGAAUGCGGGAGAUAUGGGGGGACGAUUGCGGGGAAUUCAGGCCGGAGCGAUGGAUAAUGGAGAAAGGCGGGACUAAACAUGUGGCGUCGAAUAUAUUUCUUGCAUUCAGUUCGGGGCCGUGGACCUGUCCCGGCAGAGAAUUGGCGUUCACCAGAAUGAAAGCUGUUGCAGCCACAGUUGUGCAUAAUUAUCGUGUUCAUGUUGUGGAGGGGCAAACUGUUUGUCCAAGCAUUUCUGCCAUUCUCACCAUGAAGCAUGGCUUGAAGGCCACGGUUUCCAAGAGAUGGAUGUAUUGA